CUUGAGGCUUGACAGUAAAUAAUACGUCUUAAUUUAUGAAAUUGUGUUAUUAUUAUUUAUUGCUGUUUAAAAAGCCCUACAUAAAAUGAGCACUUUUUCGGUCGUUCAAGACGGGCCUGUUAAUGCUUUAGCUUUAAAUAAGGAUAACACCCAGGUGGUGAUUGGGGGAAGAAAUGUCUUCAAAGUGUACCAAAUAGAGGAUGACAGAUUUCGAGAAAUUUGCAAUUUGAGGACACUAAAACACCUCAAUUUGAAUUUUUCCUGCAAUGAUGUCGCUUGGAGCUUAAGUGAUGAUCAUUAUGUCGCAACCGCGGCUACAAAUGGGCACGUUUGUGUUUGGAAUCUCACAAAAAUGGGUAGAGCCAUGCAAGAACAAGAUUAUCAGGAUCACAAAAGAACAGUGAACAAAGUGAAUUUCCAUGCCACUGAUCCUUUCAAACUCAUCUCCGGCUCCCAGGAUGGAACAAUGAGAUAUUUUGAUGUGCGAGUGAAAAAUGCCGUCUCCGUUUUUUAUAGUAACACUGAAAGCGUGAGAGACGUCCAAUUCAGUCCACACAACUCCUACACAUUUUCGGCUGUAUCGGAAAACGGCAACGUUCAAAUAUGGGAUGUCCGGAAACCGGACAAAUUGCAAAUACAAUUUACUGCUCACAGUGGGCCUGUGUUUGCUUGUGAUUGGCAUCCAGAAUCCACCUGGCUUGCCACAGCUAGCCGGGAUAAAACCAUCAAGGUCUGGGAUCUCACUAGCAAGCCGACUUUAGAGUAUACAAUUCACACGAUAGCCUCAAUAGGCUUCGUGAAAUGGAGGCCUCAGUACAAGUACCAAAUAGCCAGUUGUGCCCUGGUCAUCGACUGUAGUAUAAAUAUUUGGGAUGUCCGAAGGCCUUACAUUCCUUUUGCAUCCUUCAAUGAACACAGAGAUAUUGCCAGUGGAGUAGCAUGGAGAGGAGAUCCGAAUAUAUUCUUAAGCAGCGGAAGAGACAACACUUUGUUUCAUCACUCGUUCAAUGACGCCCAAAAGCCGGCAAACAAGGCAAACCCGCAGGGCAUUAGUUUGAAUGCGAAAGGAGAAGUUGUGUGUUGCAGGAAAAUGAACAUCGCUAGUAUCACCCCAAGUAGCAGCAACCAGAAUUCGCUCAGUAAAGCUGUGGGGUUAAUGCGGAAAAUUUCCACCUCACAAGCCGUAGAUACGUUCCAUCAAGCAGCUAGUCAUACUUAUAAUUUUAACCCAAAUAACGUCGAACAACAGGAAUCAUCAGUGUUUUUGAAGCUUGCCAAUAAUUAUUUAUUGCAUGGAAGAAGUGUAUCUGAACUAUGUGAACGAAAUGCGACAGUGGCAAUGGAAUUGGGCAAGAACGAUGUAUCAGUGAGUUGGAAUAUCAUCAAAAUUAUGUAUGCCGAAGAAUUUGCGCCAAGUUCUAUGAGCUUGAACGCAAAUAAGCAUGAAGAUGGGGCUUGUUCUGCUGAAAACACUGAUGAUCAAAAAUCGAAAGGUGGAGAAACGCCAGCAGCCCAAUUUAGCGGAGGAGAUGAGGAGACGGAAAACGAAGAUCAAGUGGACAAUGCGUUUCCUAACUACUUAAACGUUCGGAAUGGGUGUUUGCCUAAAGGCGACUUUUUUUUUGGCGAGAACGAGCUGGAUGUGGAGCUGGAAGGGGCGCCAGUGUUUCUGGACUAUUAUCAGUAUGGGUUUCGGCUCAAUCCAGUUACACCAGAACAAAUCGAUUGGACUUUGCCAACCGAGGCUUUCCCGAUUCGGCAUAAGAUUCUUGAUAGGUCUCCACCGCCGGAGCAAUUUCCCGACCAUCAUCAGUCACUGAGCUACCGUGAAGACAGUCAUACAAUACAGGUGGACGAUCAGCUGCCUGGAAUGCUCGCCAACAUUAAACCGUGCAGAAAGCCUUGCUGGGAUCCCAGUUCCAUUGUUAUAGAGACUUUGCACCAUUACGCCUCUCUAGGCGAUGUACAAACUGUAGCUUCUAUCUUAAUAGUGCUGGGAGAGAGUCGCAAAUAUUUAACAGGGUUGAGCGAAACUCUUCAAGAGCACUGGCUGCUCGGAUACAUCGAACGCUUAAGCAGGUACAAGCUGUGGAACAUCACGAACCAGGUGAUCAAACUGUCUUGGUUGCCCAACGUCAGCCAGCUGAAUCAGCAAAGCACAACGAUGCACACGAAUUGUGGAAAGUGCACGAAACCUUUGCAAAGAGUUGGCUGGUUGUGCGAUCGCUGCCACACGCCGGAAUAUGGCUUGUGCAGCAUUUGCCAUCAGGUUGUGAGAGGGCUUUACGUUUGGUGCCAGGGCUGCUCUCAUGGGGGCCACAUCGUCCAUAUGAAGCAGUGGCUGGCUCAGAAAAGAGUGUGCCCGACUGGAUGUGGGCAUAUGUGUGAGUACAACUGAUCGCUCUGAGUAGUGAGUGAGGGAGAAAACAGGGUUUAUUUUGCCUGAAUUGCUAGUGAAGGGCAAUUUACCUCCAGCUGUACAGGGUCAGAUGUUUGUUUAAGUAGUAGAGGUUUUUGAUUGUUGAAAAAUCAGUGCGUUGCUUUUAUUGUACUGCGUGUUUCAAGCAGAUGCUUGUCUUGGGUACCUACGCGAAAGUUUCAUUUUUUUUUUGCUCCGUUAUAAGAAAAUACCUCGAGUUUGUAGUAGGAAAUUAUAUAUUUUUGUAUAAUCUCGGCUGUGAUAAUUUAUACAUUUGAUAAGUUAGUUAAGGGAUUGCAUCAACAAUAAACUACUUUAAAAUGCAA